AUGAUGACAGCUGCUCCAGAUGAUUCGUGGGUCUAUCAUCCAAUGUCGAUCCCGACCUCGACUUCAGAUUUAGGGGAUAUGCCUCUUCAGGUUUAUUUUCCUGGCUCUUCUUUUACUCCUGAUUUAUCUGCCAACUAUAUGACGCCGACGCCGACUUCCUCAGCAGGUCAUUACGACUCUUUUGAUGUUACCAGAACAUCAUCUUCGUCCAUACCUCGAGGGCAAGAGGGCGGAAACGAUAGCCAGACUACGAAUAUGAACCUGGAUAUGGCACAGAACAAUCAAUUACAAACCUACCCCUUAUUAUUCACCGCAACAUCGGAAACCCCGAGCUUCCAACAUCUCUACCAGCGUUGGUGGGAAGACGAUGCUCAAACUGUGCUGUGGAGUUUUGACGUUCGCCAAAUCAGUCUAGUCAUUCGAUUCGGUUUCUUCCAUGACAACAAUCAACCACGCACAAUUCUGCAUCGACGGAAUGGCAAUGUUCUCGAGACGUUUUUGAAUUCACUGCUACCGCCUUAUGAAUUACAAUUCAUUCCUACCCUGACACAGAGUCAGAAAGUCGAGGAGAUCCUGCGGAGGUGUCAGACAACGAUGCCGAUGAAUUUGCAGUGGAGUUGGUAUCCAUCGCAAGCUCUCCGAAGUCUUGAGCCGUCGGUCAUUGCGGCCGAGAUUGAGGCUGAGAGCCAAAUGCAUUUCAAGGCGGUACCGUUUGAGGCGUGGGUGAGAUGUUCGUUGGGAUUCCCGGCUACCGAAGCAGAUUGGUUCUUUUUGCAGCAUAAUGCGUUGUAUAUCAUUCUUUUGAAUCAUUUGCAGGCACACCAGUACGAGCUUCCUAAAUAUCGGGAAGUCGAGAAGCUGCUUCAACAAAAGAGCCCAUUCGCCCACAAGGCUAUUGUGCAAUGCCUUAAUCACUUCGUAAAUGGGAAAGAGCCCCCUAAACAAACGGCCAAGUCAAGUCUUGAUUUCAUUGCUGGCCCUAUACAAGACUUGUUUCAAAAAUACCCCGCCAAUUUGAUAUCUAUUCUGAAAAAGCUCAGUGUCAUCGCGAUCCGAUUUCGACAGACAUACAUCCAUGUACCAAACGUGGACUGGCACAAAAGGCUGGACACCCGAGCGAAAUACUUGGACGAUUUGUUGGCGGCCCUUUCACCAACGGAUCUAGCACGAUCAUUGACUCGCUCUGAUCAGUCAAUGUUUGCUCAGCUGUCGCGUGAACAGCUCAUGGAUGAACAGAAUUCGAUCACUGGGGUCUUGCAUACGCGAUGGUAUGAUUUAGCCAUGGCUGUAAGAGACUGCUGUACCGCAAUGCCAGAGUUUGUGCAGCUUAUCCAAGAAUGUAUUCAAAUACUUCAUAACAUGCGAAAUUAUAAUUCAACUCUCGCUCUGAUCCACGGCCUCCAACACAUCAGCAUAAACUUUCUCUGGGUUAAUUCAACCACCGCCAUUACCACCCCAUCCAACACACCUUCCAACCAGUCGCAAGCAGUCAACGUCUACUCCCUCACACCACAAAACGUAUCCUACCUAUCAGACUCCUCCAACAACUACGCCCCAUACCGACACGCAAUGAAAGUUACGCCUGGCAUACCCUUCCUCUUACCACACAUCAUCGAAUAUCGACAACAUGGUGAGGCAGCUCUUGAUGAGCUGUUCACCACGACCUAA